AUGUCCCAUCCCUACGUCCUAGUCUCCGGGAAGGACAGUGCUGGGUGGUGUUGGACCACACCGUUUGGGAAGACUGACUGGACGCCAUGUUUUCGUAUUCAUAUAUUGAAUGAGUUUAUUCCUCUUAUUUCGAUUCUGAUCAGUGCCCUCCUCUGGGCCGCGUUUAGCCUACGUGAUCAAACGAAGCGCAGGCAAGAAAUUGCACGCGAGGUUGCACAACUUAAUCCUGAGUCCUCGCACUUCUACAAUACGUUUCCUGCUGAGGAGACGCAGCCCGUUUACGAGCAACCUGCCAAUGCAGCACAGCGUGUAUUCCAAACUGAAAAUGCCAUCUUGAUUGACGAAGCGUUGUCGAUUAAAGAGGACCUAUCGACUCGCGCAGCAAAUGAAGAGCGUGAACAGCAAUGGCGUCGUAAGAUUAUGUACGAGUUUAUCAUUGCUGUGAUGCUCGCCAUUACCUACGUGGUAAAUGUCAUGUUGACCGGUGUUAAGUGGGAGCGUUCUUGGCUCGCAUUUUGGGUGUAUUUUGUGGCUAUGGCGGGAGUCUCCUAUGUUAAUCAGACCUCUCUUUACCUUCACAAACUUCUCCUAUCAUCCGUGGCCACUGUGGUGACUAUUUCCAAUCUGCGCUCGCUAUUUAUCGUCAAUGAUAAAGGCAUAUACUCUAUGCAGAUUAUUGUUGUCAUCCAGACCCUACUUACCUUUAUCAUGCUGGGCUUGAGCGUGUUUUCACCCCUAUCACAAAAACUUCCUUCUGCCUUAAAAGCACUCUUGGAAACCAUGCACAAACGCACGUUGUUUUGUGAUUUGCGCACAGCUGUGCCCACACCCCCCCACAUAACUCGUGCACGUGAAGAUGUUGGCCAGCUUGUUCCCUCCUAUUCAAACAAGACACAACCACUUCUUCCUCCGCCUGAGCAACAUGCAUCCCUCCUCAGCCGUGCGCUUUUCAUGUUUGUACAGCCCGCGAUUUGGAAGCAUUACUUCCAGCCCAUUACUCUCCCAGACAUCCCGCAGCUCAUGGCUGGCGAUCGUGCUGCCUCUGCCACGGCGAUUUUCCGUACCCAUAAUGGACCCGAGACCCAAAAACCAUUGUGGAGGCGCCUCAUUCGUCAUUUCGUGCCUACGUUUGCCUACCAGUCCUUCUUCGCAUUCCUGGCUACCUUGCUUACGGUGGUGCCUGUCUUCUUCCUUUCGCGACUGCUCCAUUUUUUCACAACGAGGGCAAAUGAAGGACCAGACGAAGCACCCAUUCACCUGGGCAUCUUCUUUGCGCUUGGUAUGUUUGUAAGUCAAGUCUUCCUGUCCAUCUGUCAAUCCCAGGCGCUCAUGACAGGACGACACAUCUGUGUGCAGAUUCGCGCCAUCCUUACAUUUGAGGUGCUGAGUAAGACUAUGCGGCGCGGCAUUAGUAUGACCAAGCCUGAAAAGGCACAGCAAGUCAAGUCAAGUGACGACGACACAGAAGACGACAAGGCCCCUGCCACAGAUGGUGCAGUAACCAAUCUUGUCUCUGUGGAUGUAAGCCGCAUCAGUGAGUUUGCUGCUUAUAUCCAUUUCCUUCUACCGGAACAGCCAUUGAUCGUCGUGCUGUGCGUCAUUUAUCUCAUUGCUCUUCUGGGUAAGUCGGGCGUUAUUGGCCUGGUCUUGUUGGUUGUGGCCAUUCCUUUCCAGACGUACCUCUCGCGUGUCCUUGUAUCGAUCGGCACCCGUAUGCUCCGCGCCACCGAUGAACGCUUAAACUUGGCCAACGAAGUUCUGGCCUGUAUCAAGACUGUUAAGUUUUUUGCAUGGGAAAAGCCAUUUGAAACACGCAUGAAGGAAACUCGUGAGAAGGAGCUGCGAUUGCUACGCACCCACUUCUUCUUCUCGAUUCUCAACCAUAUUACCUUUAUUGGAACACCUAUGCUUGUUACCAUGGCGACGUUCGGUGCUCAUACCCUCCUGUUCAAAGAGAAGCUCACAGCCGAGAAAGCAUUCACGGCUCUAGCCCUCUUCAACACGUUGCGCCGACCUUUAGCGGAUUUGCCUGGUAUGAUCCACUGGCUCUUAUCGGCUAUUGUGUCAGUUCGACGUAUCAACAACUACUUAAUUCAAGAAGAGACGCAUAAGUACGAACAACUGCUGGGGGAUGACGCCCAAGCUGCAGAAGCAGCUUUGCAUCGUACAUUCAAAGUCAUUGGCUUCGAUCAUGCGUCGUUUACCUAUGGCGCAGACAAUCAAGAUGUGGAGUCAGAUGGUCGUUUCAUGUUGCAUGACAUCAAUUGCAAAUUCCCGGUGGGGAAAAUUAGUGUCGUCAUUGGUCCUGUUGGCUCAGGCAAGACCUCUCUACUUAUGGCGCUGCUGGGUGAACUGCAGUGCACAAAAGGUCGCGUUGUGAUGCCUUGCCCUAUCGCUCGUUCGUUGGUGAAACCUAACCCCAUGACUCACCUUACCGAGUCCACAGCAUACUGCAGUCAGAGUGCGUGGUUACUAGGCACAACCAUUCGUCAGAACAUCUUGUUUGGUUCUGAUUACGAUGAAGCAAGAUAUAUGGAGGUCCUGCAUGCUUGUGCUCUGGAGCCCGAUUUGGAUAUUCUUGAGUUCCAUGAUGAGACAGAAGUGGGUGAGAAAGGCACAGCGCUGUCCGGCGGCCAGAAGGCACGUAUUGCGUUGGCCCGUGCGUUUUACUCGCAUGCCAAGCAUAUUUUGAUCGAUGAUGCACUCAGUGCCGUGGAUGCGCACACGGCGAAGCAUUUGUACGAACACUGCUUGAAAGGUCCGUUGGCACAGGGCCGAACUAUCAUCUUGGUUACACACGCUGUAUCGCUGAUGUUGCCAUCGGCGGCUUACACUGUGGUCAUGGAGGAUGGCCGCGUAGCAGCAGAAGGCCCACCCCAGAAGCUUCUGGCUGAUGGUCAAAUCCCUGACAUGGCGAUUCUAGCGCCAGACAGUGCGGAAGAGACUGGACCGAAAAAGAAGAUGGAUGUUCUCGAGGAAGAUGAGCGGAAGAAGAAGAUGGAAGAACGACGUGCUAAGAAAGCUCUAGCUGAUCAAAACGAGGAAAAGAUUUCUCGCGAGCAGUCGAGUUUGGAACUGUACUGGUUCUAUAUGAGCGCGGUUGCCAAGUCGCCUUAUGUUGCAUUGAUUGUAUGGAUUGGUCUUACUAGUCUGUACUUAAGUAUUCGUGCCAUCGAUGUAAGCAGUGGAGCCUGGUUGCGCAACUGGGCAAACUCCUACAAGAAGGCCUCGUCUUCUGUGCACACGAUGAUUUACUCUUGGAUCUCACUCGCUGUGCCGCUCUCCAAUGACACGUCUUCGGAGGAUCAGACUUGGUACUAUAUGAAGGGCUACUCGGCUAUUGUCCUAGCCUUUAUUGGGAUUAGCUUGCUCACCGACAUUUUGCAAUACGCAGCUUCCUUACAAGCAUCGAAGCGUUUGUAUGGGCGUAUGGUCAAGUCCCUCUUGCUCGCCAAACCGCAGUUCUAUGACAAGACACCCAUCGGCCGUAUCACGAAUCGUCUAUCGCGUGAUAUGGAAGAAGUGGACCAAGAGCUGAGUCCUGUAAUGCAAAUGACCGUGGAGAAUUUGAUUGCGCUCAUUGCGAUUGGUGCUGUGAUCUGUUGGGCCGCUCCCAAGUUCUUGUUCGUUUUGGCAUUUGUCAUUCUCAUGUACUUUAUGAUCGGCUCCAUGUAUCUGGCGUCCUCGCGUGACUUGAAACGCAUUGAGAGUAUUCAGCGCUCACCUUUGUAUACCCUGGUUGGUGAAACUAUUGCUGGUACUGUUACCAUUCCGAUGGAGAACGGGUAA